AUCAGUCACUUUUGUAACGCAGGACCUGAAUGCCGAGCCACAAAUGUGUGUGUGUGGGUGUGUGUGUGUGUGUGUGUGAGGACCAGAUCAUCACAGUAAGAUCUUCAAAGGAACGCAGGAGAGCCCGAAAGCCGACGUUUUUACUCGUGAACACAGUGGAGCUCCUGGGGAGAUGAAAAACAGAUUUCUCAGGAUGACCCGCGUUCCAACCACACGACUGUCCCCGUUGUGCUUUUUCAUCCUACUGUGUGCAGGAAGUCAACUUUUCACUGCAGAAGUGACCCUGGCAAUGAAGAUCACCUCCACCGGGUCUCAGACUUUACAGUUAGCACAAGGAGAGCAAAAAACACUGGCGUGUACGUACACACCCGGGCCUGAGGACGUCGGUGAACUGGACAUCGAGUGGACGCUGAUCAGUCCAGACACCACACAGAAAGACGAAAUGCUCCUAUCAUACUCGGGUGGAAGGAAAUAUCUUCAUGGCAACCCAGCGUUAAUGAAGGGGAUGGACUUUGCAGUGAGCGACCCCACUCGGGGCGACGCCUCACUCUCGAUCGCUAAGCUCACAGCUGCUCACACGGGAACGUACCAGUGUAAAGUGAAGAAAGCUCCGGGAUUGGACACGCACAAAAUCACCCUGCUGAUUCUGGAGCGACCGUCAGUGCCGAAGUGUUGGCUGGAAGGGGACGAGAGCGUGGAGACGUCCGUGUCCCUCCACUGCAGGUCGGAUGGUGGUUCUCCACCCCUCCAGUACGUGUGGAGGAGAGAGAGCGGAGGACCAAUUCCUCCCACCAUUACACAGGAUCCAUUCCUUGGAGAACUCCGUAUCACCAAUCACUCCGUGGACUUGGCGGGUAUCUACGCGUGUGAGGUGUCGAACACUGUGGGGAAAGAGCGCUGUCGACUCAAACUGCAGGCCAUUAAACCUCAUAACAGAGCUGGUGUGAUCGCAGGCCUCGUGUCCGGAUGUCUGCUGCUCUUUGUCAUCAUCAUCAUCAUCCUGUUGGUCCUCUUCUUCCGAUGCAGUCGGCAGCGUCAACGCUACGAGAAAGACUUCUCCAACGAGAUCAAGGAGGACGCUCCAGCGCCUGAGAGCCGACCGUCAAGUCGCAUUUCGAGUCGUCACUCCAGACGGACCUACAGCCAAACAAGCCAAACUGACCACCACCAAGUGGCUUCCACCAGCACUGGACACACACUGCCGAAAUACGACAACGAGUACGGCUACAUCGUGUAACACCUACGAACAUCAUAUUAUCAUAUGCACAAAAUUACCCACAAUUCAGAUAAGGAAUACAGUGUGUUAUUUAUAGUGUGCAUUUAUAGUGUUGUAAUGAUUUUAAAACACUUUUUUUUAUAUAAAUGUGUAUGUUUUGUCAUAAGAAAGUAAUAUUCAUGUCUCUGUGUGUGAACUUAUCAUUUUAAUUGUGUACAUAAAAAUGUUGUAAAGAGAACUGAUGUAUAGAUAUUUAAUUUUUGAGGACAUUAUUGUUGCAUUAUUGAUUAUAUUCUGAAUGUAACAGCCAAGCAUUUAUCUAAUAAUCAGUAUCAAUAGUUAAAAUCCAGUUCUGCAAAGACAUUAACACGCCUGUCUCUUCCCAUACUGUGAAUAAAACACCAAUGUUUUAUUAAAUACACAAGUAACAGCCUAGUUUCUGUCUCGCACGCAUCCUGCCUUGCCGCUGGUGUAAAAAUACUCAAAAAUUAUUCUAUAAAAUUAUUUUGCUUUUGUCAUGAUGAGUAAACUAAACAUUUUUUGACAUAAGUAAACUAUUUCAGGGUUUGUUUUUGUUUUGUUUGUUUUUUUAAGUCACCAUUUAUUGCCAGGAAAU